CUCCCUUAUCCUCUCUCUAGACUCUUCAGAGAAACCAACCCAAACCUCUCUCUCUCUCUCUCUCUCUCUCUCUCAAACGAAUGCGAAAGCAAUCGGAGUCCAAGAAAAGAGCCCCCAUCACCCCACCACCACUACCACCACCAUCACUGUGUGUAAUAGAGAAAAAGAAAUAGAGAAGUAGAGAGAGAAGAGACACUGGUACCCACAUCACCACAUGUAAUUUGUAUUGAGGGGGUCAUCUACAGUUCAAUCCAUUCAUCCCCAGAUGUGCUAUUAAGAAAGCAUAGAUUAAUCUUUUUUAGCUGAUCAUGGAGGGAGAGAAUGGGAUCCGAAGACCCAACUUUCCAUUGCAGUUGUUAGAGAAGAAGGAAGAAGAAGACGUGUGCUCAAGCUCAGGCUACCCAUCUCUAGCCAUAUCAGCCGAGACAAGCACGAUCCGAUCAUCAAAUAAUUCCACUCUCCAAGUCCAAAGAGCCGCUGCCGCCGCCGAACCUUCUUCAAAGAAGCCUCCACCCAAGCGUACCUCCACCAAAGAUCGACACACCAAGGUCGACGGCCGGGGACGUCGCAUUCGCAUGCCUGCCACAUGCGCCGCUCGUGUCUUCCAACUCACUCGAGAGCUCGGCCAUAAAUCCGACGGUGAGACCAUUGAAUGGCUCCUCCAACAAGCAGAACCCGCUGUGAUCGCCGCCACCGGCACCGGUACUAUACCCGCCAAUUUCACGUCCCUGAAUAUCUCCCUCCGGAGCUCCGGCUCUAGCAUGUCGGCCCCGUCUCAGCUCAGGACCUCAUACUUCAAUCAAAACUUCGCUGCAGCCACUCAACAGCUAAGGAUGAGAAGCGAAUGGGAUGAGUCACAACGCCGAAUUUUAUUCCCAGAGAACUCCUCCUCUACGCUCCUUAGUUUUAACACGAAUGAUUUAAACCCUUCCAUGUUACAUGCCACUAAGCAGGAGCUGCGUGACCCUUGCCUAGACAUGUCGUCGGACACCGCUACCGAGGUGGGUAUUGGCGGCAGAAAGCGUCGGCCAGAGCAAGAUACUUCUCAACAUCAAAUGGGUAGCUACUUGUUGCAAUCAAGUUCAUCAGGCUCAAUUCAGGCGAGUCAUGGCCAGAUUAAUCCGGGAGCUUUUUGGAUGGUUACUAACCCUAACAACCAAGCCAUGAGUGGUGGUGACCCUAUAUGGACAUUCCCUUCUAUGAAUAACACUAGCAUGUAUAGAGGGUCUAUGUCCAGUGGGCUACAUUUCAUGAAUUUCCCAACCCCAAUGGCUCUCUUGCCUAGCCAGCAGUUGGGUUCAGGCAUCGGUGGGAGUGGUGGCACAUCGGAGGGCCACUUGGGCAUGCUUGCUUCAUUCAACGCAUAUCGCUCUUUGUCCGGCGGUGGCACCGGUGCUUCUGACCUUCAGGCAAGUGGUUCCACUUCCAAUCAGCAUCAUCAAGGAGGAAAUGAACGACCUGAUUCAACCAGUCACCAUUCCUAGAAGUUGAUCAUGUAUGGCUUGAAUUUGAUUUUUUUUUUUUUUUCUCUUUUUCUUUAAAAAUCUUUUCAAUAUAUUUUGCACUUGGAACACUCUUGUGCCGUUUGAUUGCUCCAAAUCUGAGUUCUAAUAUUCCCAUUUUUUUUGCCCCCUCCAUCAUCUUCUGUAUGUGUGAGUGAGUACUAAGUAGUAAGGGUUUAGGGUUUGAGAAGACAGAUUUUUAACAUGGGUUUUGGUGUUUUCUAUUUUUACUGUCUCUUGAGCUGUUACUAAACAAAAUCUUAUUAGUUAUAUAUUGGCCGUCUUACAGUUUUGGUUUAAGGUUACUUGUAAA